CAUCUUGUGCCCUCUCGAUGAAUGAACGGCGUCGCGAAGGAGUGAGCCCAUCCGGUUUGGUUCGCCGCGUCGUCUCGCAGCGUGGUCCGCCAUGGAGCCCCGCUUCGCCUACUUUUUUCUCUCUCUCUGUCUGGGGGGCGUCCUGGCGGCACCAGAGCUGGUCAAUGAAGAAGUAAAGCGGACGGUGGACCUCGGGACGCACCUGGCGAAAGUGACUGCCGAACUGAACCUGGCCAAUCCUGCGGGGGGUUCUGGGUCCGCCACCACCUUCCUUCUGGCUUUGGACCCCGGCCUGGAGAGCCACCUGGCUUACCUGGGAGUGCAGGUGAAAGGUGAGGAAGAGGAGGAGAGUACUCUGGAGAUGAAAGAGACAAAGGUAAAAGGUAAAAGUGGCAAAUUCUUUACUGUGAAGUUGCCGUCUCCUCUGGCUCCAGGGGCAAAGAUCCGCUUGUCUAUUGAAACAGUUUUUACACAUGUCCUGCAGCCAUAUCCUACACACAUUACCCAGGCAGAGAAGCAAUUUGUGGUUUUUGAGGGAAAUCAUUACUUUUACUCUCCAUACCCAACCAAGACUCAAACUACUCGUGUAAAACUGGCCUCAAGAAAUGUUGAAAGCUACACGAAACUAGGCAAUCCGAGCCGAUCAGAGGACAUGAUUGAAUAUGGACCCUUCAGGGAUAUCCCACCAUAUAGUGAGGAUAUCCUGAAGGUGCACUAUGAAAACAACAGCCCUUUCCUGACUAUCACUAGCAUGACCCGUGUGAUUGAAGUUUCUCACUGGGGCAAUAUUGCAGUAGAAGAAACAGUUGAUCUGAAGCACACAGGAGCUGUGCUUAAGGGGCCUUUCUCCAGAUAUGACUACCAGAGGCAGCCAGACAGUGGAAUAUCUUCUGUGAAAUCAUUUAAGGUCUGUACUUUCAAGACUUGGUGUUAAAAGUAGCCCUCUUCUUUUGCUCCACUUCCUCUUAAGUGAUGAAAACAGUUCACCCUUCCCUUCCAGAAGUGGGCCAAGCUGUUGGGGAAGGGGAAAGUGAGGGAAA